CCUCCUUCCACAUUCACUCCAUCGCUCACCAUGUCCGGCGCCGUCCAGACAUCGACAAACCUCUUCAGGCAGCUGGCAUGGAGCGCGACCGUCCCACUUGAGAUCCGGCUGGCCAACGCGACAGGACCAGUCGAUCGCUACUUUAUGCACGCACCACGCUACACCUACCUCGCCCUCCUCCUCCCGACCAUCCGGGAACAUCUGGUUGAGCUGGCGCUCGACGACGACGCGCUGGCAAGCACAUCCGAGGCCGAAUGGUGGUUCCAGCUCGACGCAACAGACUCGCCAUUCGCCGGCGACGUGGUGCGGUGGCACUGGCCGCUCGACCUCGUCGACUUGAGCGCGGCGAUGCUGCGCGGCUUGCCUCCCUCCCAGUCCCUCAACACGCGCACCUCUCCCCCAUCUCUCUCCCCACCAUCCCCCGUCUCCGAACCCCUCAAGCUCAUCCUGCACCUCAAAGGCGCGCCGGCAGACAAGCUGGUAGUCCCCCCGUCGUUGGACGCGAUCAAGACCUACUUCGUGAGCCAGGUCAAGGAGGCCGACUUUGUGCGCUGGGGCAACACGAAGCGCGUGACGGGGCUGCGCCGCGCCGACUUUGAGGCUGGGUGGGACGGCGUUGUCGCUGGCGACUACGACUUGCAUGCGCGCAUGGCUGGCCGCAUCGUCCCCCUUCCAAUUCCCAACACGCCUCCGACGUCGCCACAACCCGAUGCCAAGACGGACAGCGCGUACACUGCACGCAGCCUUCCGAUCCGCGUGUACCUCCCCGACGGCGCGCCACCGAUACAAUGCCCCGUGGCGCCGCUGACGGACGGCAAGCCGACGACGCUCCUCCAGAUGCUCAGGACAAUGCUCCCGCUCCUCUUUGAAGAUGGGAAUGCCCUCGCGCAGCCGAUCGCACAGGGCAUCCUGCUGCCGCCAGACGCGGACGUAGCCUGGCUCGCAGCAUGCAUGGCGGGUGCGGAUGGGUGGCUGCGCAUCGGCAUCCGUCUCGUUGGCGAGUAGCUAUAUUUUGUAUAAUGUAACAUAUAUAUGUCGACUAUCCUCCCUCGGU